UGCUGGGUGAUGUCAUGCAGCAGGCUGCUGUUUGGUGCUGAUGCUGCUGAGCUGCAGAUCUUCAGUCUGAACAGAGAGAACAGAGACCAAGCAUCACUGCAGGGAACAGACUCUACCUCACCACAGUGUCUUUGAAAGAAAACAGCAGCAGCAGCAGGAUGACUCUAGCAGCAUACAGAGAGAAAAUGAGAGAGCUCCCCCUGGUGUCUCUCUUCUGCUCCUGCAUCCUCCCUCAACCCAGAGACGACACAAUUGACAAGAAGGAAGCGGGUGUGGUUGACUUGAACCUGUGCAACAUCCGGGACAUGGAGGUAAUUGAGCUGAGCAAGAGGGCGAGUGGUCAGGCCUUUGAGGUCAUCCUGAAGCCACCCACCUUUGAUGGUGGCCCCGAGCUCAGGGCCACCACACCGCCCCGCCAGAAACCUUCAUUGGAGGAGAUCCAGAAGAAACUGGACGCUGCUCAGGAGAGGAGGAAGUGUCAGGAGGCGGAGCUGCUGAAACACCUGGCUGAGAGAAGGGAGCAUGAGCGAGAAGUGGCUCAGAAAGCUCUGACCAAAGAACGUCAGGGACAUCGCGCCGACGCCGACAAGGAGCAGAGGCAGAUGCACCUGAACGCCUCACGGGAGCGGCUGCAGGAGGAGGACAAGCACAGUGUGGAGGUGUCUUGAUGGCCUGAUCACAACACAAGCUGAACUUUAUUUGGAAGCCAUUUUGGAGGGCUGAUGAGCUGAGGGUUGAUGAGUCGGGAACCCGGUACUGCUCUGACUGGGAGACUGACAGGAAGAGACUCUGAAAAGAGUGAGAAAGGAAGAAGAAAAAGUAGAGGACCGAGGGCGUGUCCGACCGCUCGACCUCCUCUGAACAACCAGGACUUUUAACAAGAUGAACUGUUCAUAACGAGAAAAACUUGUGAAACUGAUGGACACUGCAGAUUCAGUCAUCAUUAGAUGGUUCACAGGGGUUUUACUGUGCUUUGUUGCCAUGCCAACAGUGCCAAUGUGUUCAUGCGUGUGUGAUUGUGUAGGAUUCAACAUCUUCAUGAAUCUUAAAAGUUAUACCCAAAACAAACCAACCUGACAUAGCCCUGACAGAAACUGGACUCAAACCUGGAUAACCCAAAGGAACUUUGACCUGAAUGGAGCAGAGUCCACAGAGGACUGGAGAUCCUCGAUCUGUCGAGAGAGUCGGAUUCGAGGAGUCUCUGGAUAUACAGCUAAUCUGAGUUAAACAGUUCUAUCUGCUGGACAGUUUAAGUCAUUACAUCUACUGUAAAACAGCACAAGAAGAAGAAUGGUUUGAUCAGUGGUGUGGCUAUUUAGGGACAUCUAAUGGCAUCUGUAGGAAACUACAACAGAAUCAGCAAGGGUGCCUAUUUCUCUUUCUUAAGAUCAAGGUUAAUAAAGGCUAGAAAAAGGUCAACAAGACUUGGUUGAGACCAAAGUCUGUAAUAGGUGAUUAGUGGCUGAGACUAGUCAAACCACCAACUAGACUGAGAUGAGUCAGAGUCAAAACACCUAUGAGACCAAGACAAAUCUAAACACAAGACAGCGCAAAUACCAGUUUAACUGUCAAUGAAUCCCUGUAAAAAAUGCCAGGGACAGGAACAAGUCUGGGUCAAAAAACCUAAAGAGACGAAUCAAAGUCAGGCACCCACAAGGCCAAGACACCCACUAGAAAGGAAUGGAUGUUGGGUUGAAAACGCCCAGCAAACUGAGACAUCAGAGUCAGAGAGCCCACAAAUGCCACUUAAAACAAAAACAAUACUGAAACAAGUUCAAAUGAAAAUGCUGACAAGCCCCCAGACGAUUCUGAGUCAAAACAUCCAUGACAUCGAGUUGAAUCUGGUUCACCUGCUCACCCAUGAGGAGUCAGAGUACAGGUGAUACCGAAAUGCAUUCAAAUUAAAACUCUCUUGUGGCCAAGACAAACCUGAGUUAAAAUGUCCAUGAGACUGAGAUAAAUCUGGUUCAAAACACCUACAAAACAGAGUUGGAGCCAAAACUCAAGUAAUUAAAAACAAAAAACCUAGAUUAGACUUUAUUUCAACAGCUCCAAGUUUUUAUUUUUCAGAUUCUAGAUUUGGAUUUGACUCAUAUUUCUUCAUAUUAAAACAAUGUACUAAAAUUAGCAUGCUAACCUUUAUGCUACCAUUUGAAGCCGAUAUGUGUAUGGAUGAGAAGAUGAGGCACAGCGCUGGAUGUUUGUAAGAUCUUAGUGAAUGUGACAUUUGCUCUAAUGCAUCAACAUCAAAGAGGUACUUAGCUCAUGUGACUAAUGUUAGCCACAUCACAUAUUACCUACCUGUCCAAUAAUCAUUACACCAACCCCCUUCUGUUGAUAUGAGUGAAUCUUAUUGAUGAACAACUGAUAAUCGAUUGUGUACAGUGUUUACAGCUGCAGUGGUGUGUUUCUGUGUGUAUGUGUCUGUUUCCCUGGCAACGUCAAUGUAAAGGAGUCAGGGUGUGAUAAUGAUGAUGACAAUGAUGAAGAUGAUGACAACAAUGUACAGAAAUGACAUUAUAUUUUAAAUUCAAAAAUAAAACAAUUACACUUGA